AUGGAGUCCUGUGCUAGGGGAAGGAGAUAAGCUCGAGAGAUUAUUCCUUUCUUUCCCACACAAGAGAAAGAUAAGAGUUGUGCAGUGCUGGUCCUCCUCUUGUCUGCAACCGUCUCUCUCCUGGGUGGGCUGAUAUUUGGAUACGAGCUGGGGAUUAUCUCUGGUGCAUUGCUGCAGUUGCAGAUAGACUUUCACCUCAGCUGCUUCAAGCAAGAAAUCCUCGUGAGCGCCCUCCUUAUCGGAGCUCUCCUCGCCUCUCUGGUUGGGGGCAUCCUCAUCGACCACCAUGGGCGGAGGAGAGCAAUCCUGGUCAGCAACUUGGUCCUGUUGGUUGGCAGCCUUAUUCUCACAUUGGCAAGGUCAUUUAUUGGGCUGGUCAUUGGGCGCGUGAUGGUGGGCUUUGCCAUCUCUGUCUCAUCCAUGGCCUGCUGCAUCUACGUCUCGGAAAUGGUGGCUGCUCAUCAGCGAGGGCUGCUGGUGUCUCUCUGUGAAGCAGGCAUCACCGUAGGCAUCCUGCUGUCCUAUGCACUGAAUUACAUCUUUGCGGACGUGGAUGAGGGUUGGAGGUACAUGUUUGGGCUGGCCAUUGCCCCGACAGCCAUGCAGUUCCUCAGCAUCCUCUUCCUCCCAGUCAACCCUGUUAAAUUAAGCUCAUGGAACUCAGACUGCCAGAAGGGCCUCAUUCAGUUGCAGAACACUGAAAACAGAGAGAUGGCAAAGAGGGAGCCCUAUAGGGAGAAACAUUACUCAUUUCUUGACCUUUUCAGGACCAGAGACAACAUGAGAAGGCGGACUCUAGUGGGCCUGGGACUGGUGCUCUUCCAGCAGUUCACUGGGCAGCCCAAUGUGCUGGGCUACGCCUCCAAAAUCUUCCACUCGGUGGGGUUCCAGAGCAACUCCUCGGCGAUCCUGGCCUCUGUUGGGCUCGGGGCAGUAAAGGUGGUGGCCACGCUCAUCGCGAUGGCGUUUGCAGACAGGGCUGGCAGGAGAGUGCUACUCAUGGCUGGCUGCGUGGUGAUGGCCAUCUCUGUCACCACCAUUGGCCUCACCAGCCGCAUUGCUCCGCUGGCCAUGGCCCGGGACUGCAAGGCAGCCACAGACCCCAACGCAUCCCACACGCUCACCCACCAGCACCUGACACGUACAUCCUCCCAGCCUGCCGUGUCACCCAUGCCACCAGCACUGGGUGCUGUCGAAAGUCAGGCAGGCCCUGGUUUUGCUGCCACAAGGAGCCUUACAAAAGUUUUUGCCAGUACUCAAAGCAGAGAAGUUGUUUCCAGUUCUUCCCUCACUCAGAAAAAGGACUUGGUAGGUCAGUCCAAAGAAGAGACAGUGGAAAGCACAGGCCCUCCUUUCAGUGGUGCUUCCUGGACAGAACAUAUGGCUUUAAAUUGGAUUACGCUGCUGAGCAUGAUGGCCUUCGUGAGCGCCUUCUCAAUUGGAUUUGGACCAAUGACGUGGCUGGUCCUCAGUGAGAUCUACCCUGCUGGGAUAAGAGGAAGAGCCUUUGCCUUCUGUAACAGCUUUAACUGGGCUGCUAAUUUACUGAUCAGCCUCUCCUUCCUGGACCUUGUGGAUGCCAUCGGUUUCUCUUGGAUGUUUCUUCUGUAUGGACUAACGGGAUUGAUGGCUCUUAUAUUCAUUUACAUUUUUGUUCCGGAAACAAAAGGACAGUCCUUAGAGGAGAUAGACCAGCAGUUCUCCAGGAAACGGUAUGUGUGCUGUUGUACCAGCAUGAAUGCUGGCUUUGGGCGCUUCCCACCAGCAGUCUCCGAGGUCUACGGCACUGGGCAGCUCAGGGCGGUUGCAGAGGCUGGUCAGUGCUGUGGAGAACAUCUCAGACGCUGUCACCGCAAGGCGCACAAGGACGCCUGUAAAACAAAACGGACGCGCUCUUCCUGCAAAAAAGCCCGUGAAUACCGAGCUGUACCAGGAGCAACUCCGCUUUAA